CAAUCGCGGCGGUGGCAUCCUGGAAGCGGCACAUGUUGUUCCCAUCCGCGGCGCAGCAAGGCAGAGGCAGAGGCCAUCGAGAAGGAGCUGCUGGAGGAUUACCGCUUCGGGCGGCAGCAGCUGAUCGAGAUCUGGGGACACGCCUGUGCCAUGGCUGUGACCAAGGCCUUCCCGCUGCCGUCCCUCCCGCGGAAGCAGCCCACGGUGCUGGUGGUGUGCGGCCCGGCGCAGAACGGUGCCAUCGGGCUGGUGUGCGCGCGGCACCUGCGGAUCUUUGACUACGAGCCCACCAUCUUCUACCCCAAGCGCUCCCCGGACCCCCUGUACCGGGACUUCACCACGCAGUGCGAGAAGAUGGACAUCCCCUUCCUCUCCUACCUCCCCACCGAGGUGCAGCUGAUCAACGACGCCUACAACGCCGUGGUGGAUGCGGUGCUGGGCGCCGAGGCGGAGCUGGGUGAGGGGAGGGGGCCCUGCGCCAGCAUCCUCGCCACCCUGAAGCACGUCCGCAUCCCCAUCGUCAGCCUGGACGUGCCCUCAGGGUGGGACGUGGAGGCCGGGAGCAGCAGCGGGAUCAGCCCCGACGUCCUGGUGUCGCUGACGGCGCCCAAGCAGUGCGCCCGCCGCUUCCUGGGCCGCCAGCACUUCGUGGCCGGCCGCUUCGUGCCCUAUGACAUGCAGAAGAAGUUCGAGCUCAACCCGCCCGAGUACCCCGGCACAGAGUGCGUGGUGCCCCUGUGA